CAGAGAUGGACGGACACGCUGCUGCGCCUUGCGUGCACCCAAACCCGUCUCACCGUUCGCUUAUCAUUUUAACAAUUUAACCUUUUGCAAUCUCAAGCUCGGUUACCGGUGACCUGCCUGAAAUCAGCCAGAGGUAAACUUUUCCUCCUCUCUGUGGGUCGGAAUUUCCAUGAAGCGACGCAUCGGGUGACUCUACUUUGUCGAGGAUUUUUUUUGCUCUCCGUGCGCAGCGGGGCAUCAUGUGGACGCCGACGGAGGACGAGAAAAUCGGUGUCGUCAUCUGCAACUUCCGAGGCUCGGUGGCGCAGGGUUUGGCUCUGGAGGUGGGAGAGACGGUGCAGAUUCUGGAAAAAUGUGAAGGGUGGUACAGAGGAUUCUCGCUGAGGAAGCCAAAUGUCAAGGGAGUCUUUCCUGCCACUUACAUCCACUUGAAGAAAGCCAUCGUAACCAACCGAGGGCCCAAUGAGACUGUGGUGCCUCUGGAAGACCCCAUCGUCACCGAGGUGACAUCAACACUUCAAGAAUGGGCGUUACUGUGGAAGCAGCUCUAUGUGAAACACAAGGUGGAUCUGUUCUACAAGGUUCGCCACGUGAUGAUGGAGCUGAUCGACCUGAGGAGGCAGCUGCUGUCCGGCCACCUGACACAAGACCAGAGCAGAGACGUCAAGCGACACAUCACCGUCAGACUCGACUGGGGCAACGAACACCUGGGUCUGGAUUUGGUGCCAAGGAAGGAGUUUGAUACGGUUGAUGAGGACCAUAUAAGCGUGUCAGAUCUUUAUAAGAUGCAUCUGUCAAGUCGACACAGCGUCCAACAAAGCACAGCACAGGGCGAGAACAGCCGGCAGCGACACGGGGAGCCCUGCAGAGUUCCAGUACCACACCACCUUCUGGUCAACCUGAAGAGCUUCACCUACAACAGCAUCGGGGAAGACACGGACAUAUUCUUCUCCCUGUAUGAUCUGAGAGAGGGGAAGACUAUCAGUGAAAAAUUUAUGGUGAGACUGAACAAGAACGGAGGACCAAAGAAUCCGGAGAAGGUGGACAGACUCUGCGCGCUCUUCACGGAUUUAAGCAACAAAGACAUGAAGAGAGAUCUCUACAUCAUCUCACAAGUUAUUCGGACAGGCCGCAUGUUGUUGAACGACAGUAAGAAAGGCCCGCCGCACGUCCAGUACCGCCGACCGUACGGCUGUGCCGUCCUGGCCAUGAGCGACGUGCUGCAGACCAUCUCAGAACUCAAAGAGGAGAAGGAUUUUGUUCUUAAAGUCUACACGUGUAAUAAUGAGAAUGAGUGGUACCAGGUCCACGAGAACAUCAUCCGCAAGUCCAGCACCAAGUACACCGCCCCCAGCACCAACUACGGUCUGAUAAUCUCCCUGCAGCUGCUGAGGGGCGACAUGGAGCACGUCCGCAGAGAAAACCCGCUCAUAUUCAGCAGGGGGGUCGCCAUCACGCGGAAACUGGGGUUCCCGGACGUCAUCAUGCCAGGCGACAUCCGUAACGACCUCUACCUGACACUGGAGCGAGGAGACUUUGAGAGAGGAGGGAAGAGCGUCCAGAAGAACAUCGAGGUGACCAUGUAUGUCAUCUACGCCGACGGAGAAAUACUGAAGGAAUGCAUCAGUCUGGGUUCAGGCGAGCCCAACAUCCCGGAGUAUCGCGCUUUCGUGCUCUACCACAACAACGGCCCUCGCUGGAGCGAAGUCAUCAAACUCCCGAUUCCCAUCGACCGGUUCAGAGGCUCCCACCUGCGCUUCGAGUUCAGACACUGCUCCACAAAAGACAAAGGCGAGAAGAAGCUGUUUGGCUUCUCCUUCACGCCCCUGAUGAGGGAAGAUGGAACGACUCUGUCUGACGAGAGUCAUGAGCUCUAUGUCUACAAGUGUGACGAGAACACGACGUUCACCAACCACGCCCUCUACCUGGGCCUGCCCUGCUGUAAGGAGGACUUCAACAGCUGCCCCAGCAUCCCCUCCAGCCUCAUCUUCCAGCGCAGCCCCAAGGAGGCUUUCUGGAUCUCCACCCAGCUCUCCUCCACCAAGCUCACUCAGAAUGUGGACCUGCUGGCCCUGCUCAAGUGGAAGGCCCAUCCAGACCGGGUCAUGGACAUCCUCGGGCGGCUUCGACACGUCAGUGGAGAAGAGAUCGUCAAGUUUCUCCAAGACAUCCUGGACACAUUAUUCUCCAUCUUGGAUGACAACACGGACAAAUAUGGGCCGCUGGUUUUCCAGUCGUUGGUGUUCAUCAUAAACCUCCUCAGGGACAGUAAAUACUACCACUUCAGGCCAGUGAUGGACACGUACAUCCAGAAACACUUUGCUGGCGCUUUGGCUUACAAAGAGCUGAUCCGCUGCCUGAAGUGGUACAUGGACCGAUCUGCUGAGGUGGUCAGACAGGACCACAUCCAGGAAGCCAUGAGGGCGCUGGAGUAUCUGUUUAAGUUCAUCAUCCAGUCCCGCAUCCUCUACUCGCGCGCCACCUGCGGCAUGGAGGAGGAGCAGUUUCGCACCAGCGUCCAGGAGCUCUUCCAGUCCAUCCGCUUCGUGCUGAGCCUGGACAGCCGCAACUCGGAGACGCUCAUCUUCACCCAGUGUGGCCCCGGCCCCAGCCAGGCCCCCGGCCCCGGCCUGGCGCCCGCCGCUCCGUUAGCACUAGUCCCCGCCCCGGGCCCGGGCCAGAGCCAGGCCCCCGCCCCGGGGCCGGUUCCUGGCAGCGGGCAGGCCAGCUGCUCUCAGGCCUCGAGCUGCAGCGCUCUGCGGCCGUCUCCGCUGUCAGCCGCGCUGCUGAACUCCUUCCCGGCCAUCUUCGACGAGCUGCUGCAGAUGUUCACGGUGCAGGAGGUGGCCGAGUUUGUGCGCGGCACGUUGGGCAGCAUGCCGUCCACGGUGCACAUCGGACAGUCCAUGGACGUGGUCAAGCUGCAGUCCAUAGCUCGAACGGUGGACAGCAGGCUCUUCUCCUUCCCUGAGUCUCGUAGGAUCCUGCUUCCUGUGGUCCUGCAUCACAUCCACCUACACCUGAGGCAGCAGAAAGAGCUGCUCAUUUGCUCUGGAAUACUCAGCUCCAUAUUCUCCAUCAUCAAGAACAGCUCACUGGACACGUCGGUGCAGGAGGAGGUGGAGAUGAUGGUGGAGUCCCUGUUGGACGUCCUCCUGCAGACCCUUUUGUCAAUCAUGAGCAAGAGCCAAUCGCAGGAGGCGGUAAGGGGUCAACGCUGUCCGCAGUGCACCGCGGAGAUCACUGGGGAGUAUGUGUCCUGCCUCCUGUCACUUCUCCGCCAGAUGACAGACAUCCACUUCCAACGCUUGAUGGAAAACUUCCAGAGCAAGGACGAGCUCAAGGAGUUCCUCUUGAAGAUUUUGUGUGUGUUCAGAAACCUGAUGAAGCUGAGCAUUUUCCCCCGCGACUGGAACAUCAUGAGGCUGCUCACGAGCAACAUCAUCCUGACCACGGCCCAGUACCUCUCUCCUGCUCUGCACAAGAACUUUACAGAAACAGACUUUGACUUUAAGGUGUGGAACUCCUACUUCAGUCUGGCUGUGCUCUACAUCAACCAGCCCAGUUUACAGCUGGAGAACCUGAGUCCUGCCAAGAGGAAGAAGGUCUUAGACAAAUAUGGUGACAUGAGGGUGAUGAUGACGUAUGAGCUUUUCAGUAUGUGGCAGAACUUGGGAGAGAAUAAGAUCCAUUUCAUCCCCGGCAUGAUCGGCCCGUUCCUGGGGGUGACGUUGGUCCCUCAGGUGGAGGUGAGAAACAUCAUGAUCCCCAUCUUCCACGACAUGAUGGACUGGGAGCAGCGCAAGAACGGGAACUUCAAACAGGUGGAGGCUGAGUUGAUCGACAAGUUGGACAGUUUGGUCUCUGAGGGGAAAGGUGACGAGAACUACAGAGAACUCUUCAGUUUGCUAACCCAGCUGUUUGGGCCUUAUCCCAGCCUGUUGGAGAAGAUCGAGCAGGAAACGUGGCGAGAGACGGGGAUCUCCUUCGUUACUUCCGUCACACGGCUGAUGGAGCGGCUGCUGGACUAUAGGGACUGUAUGAAAGGAGAUGAGACGGAAAACAAGAAGAUUGGCUGCACCGUGAAUCUGCUGAACUUCUACAAGUCGGAGAUCAACAAGGAGGAGAUGUACAUCCGCUACAUCCACAAGCUGUGCGACAUGCAUCUCCAGGCUGAGAACUUCAACGAGGCGGCGUUCACCCUGCUGCUGUACUGGGAGCUGCUGAACUGGGACGAGCGGCCUCUGAAGGAGUUCCUGCAUUAUCCCGCUCAGACCGAGUGGCACCGCAAGGAGGGUCUCUGCCGCAAAGUUAUCCACUAUUUCAACAAGGGAAAGUGUUGGGAGUACGGUGUUCCUCUGUGCCGGGAGCUGGCCUUUCAGUAUGAAUCAUUGUACGACUACCAGAGCCUCAGCUGGAUACGGAAAAUGGAAGCAGCAUAUUACGACAACAUCAUGGAGCAGCAACGCCUGGAGCCGGAGUUCUUCAGGGUGGGAUUCUACGGCAGGAAAUUCCCCUUUUUCCUCAGAAACAAAGAGUUUGUCUGCCGUGGCCAUGACUACGAAAGAUUAGAAGCCUUCCAGCAAAGAAUGCUGGGAGAAUUCCCACAAGCCAUUGCAAUGCAGCACCCCAAUCAACCAGAUGAAGCCAUCCUGCAGUGUGAUGCGCAGUACCUCCAGAUCUACGCGGUAACGGCGGUUCCAGACAGCGUCACCGUCCUCCAGAUGGACAGAGUGCCAGACCGCAUUAAGAGCUUCUAUCGGGUGAAUAACGUUCGGCGGUUUCGUUACGAUCGGCCGUUUCACAAAGGACCCAAAGACAAGGAGAAUGAGUUCAAGAGUCUCUGGAUAGAGAGGACGACUCUGACGCUCACUCACCCUCUGCCGGGGAUCUCACGCUGGUUCGAGGUGGACAGGAGAGAACUGGUGGAGGUGAGCCCGCUAGAAAACGCCACCUCUGUGGUAGAGAACAAGAACCAGGAGCUGCGGACCCUGAUCAGUCAGUACCAACACAAACAGCUGCACGGCAACAUCAACCUGCUCAGCAUGACGCUGAACGGAGUCAUCGACGCCGCCGUGAACGGAGGCAUCGCCAGAUACCAGGAGGCGUUUUUUGACAAAGAGUACAUCACCAGCCACCCUGAAGACACAGAGAAGAUCACGCAGCUCAAAGACCUGAUGCAGGAGCAGGUCCACAUCCUUGGAGUGGGUCUGGCUGUGCACGAGAAGCUCGUGCAUCCAGAAAUGCGUCCCCUGCACAAGAAGCUGAUAGAUCAGUUCCAGAUGAUGAGGAGCAGCCUCUGCCAUUGUUUCUAUGUUGCAUUUCAGGGCCUACCUGGACUAGAGAGGUCCGGUUCUGGAGCCAACACCCCCAGGGGGAUCCUGGCCUCUCACAGCCCCAUGAGCCCCGAGAGCUUCAAGCUCAUGCACCGACACAGUCCCAUUGCUGUUUUGACUCCAGUGCGCAUUUCGUCCCCCUCUCUCUCCUCCCACAACUCCAGUGAGACAGGUAAUCUGGUGAUCCUGGCUGACGGCAUGGUGAUGGAGCACCCCGAGGACUUCUACCGGAUGCAGGCAAGCCCCUCCUCCUCAAGUCUUAGCUCCACCCACUCCGCACCUCCUCAGAUGAUAAACUCCACCCCCUCAUCCAUCAGAGUCGGCUCUCCUUCUCUGCCGGACAAGUACAGACACAACAGAGAAAUGCUGAUGCUUCUGCCGCCGCACAGAGACAGACCAAGCAGCGCCAUGUACUCCAACAUCACUGAGAACGGACAGCCACCAACCUUCCAGCGGGCCUUGUUCCAUCAGGUGAUCGGUCCAUGCAAACCCUGCAGCGACCCCAACCUCUCCGUGGCGGAGAAAGUCCUCACCACUCCCAGCAGUUGGAGUUUGGACAGUGGAACCAGGGAAGCGCUCCCGUUCCUCUCCUCCCAUGUCGGCAGUGUCAUGGCACCGCCGGUCCCACCGCGCAACGUGCCUCAUGGACAGCUCCUGUCGAUGCACUUUGAUGCUUUCCACCACCAGGUCAGCGACCUCCCUCCAGCUCUCCCCGCGCGCUCCUUAAGGAAGUCCCCCCUGCACCCUAUACCUGCCUCGCCCACCAGCCCGCAGUCCAUCCUGGAUGGCAGUAACUCCACCUUAUCGGGCAGCGCCAGCUCCGGGGUCUCCUCCCUCAGCGAGAGCAACUUCGGGGGCCCCGCCUCGUCCUCCGACCCCCCGGCCAGCCGCACCGACACCCUGGAGUCCGUCCCCAGCAGCCAGGCCUGGACCACCGACCAGGAAGACCUGGACUCGCCGUAUCAGCCCGUCAGGUACAGCGUGUCCGAGCCCGAAGUCCUGGACGGAGUCAAACCCCCACCCUGCCGCAGCCACUCCGCCCCGGGAGGCGUGGGCCCGGCACAGGCGGUGUGCCAGAUCCAGGCCCAGGCUCCGGGUCCGGCCCCCGCCGGGGUAGCACCAUCGCAGCAGCCCGACGGGCCGCCACACUCUCACCCGCACCAGCACUUCUACCACCACUUCCACCCGCACUUCAUCCCCCAGCACCCGCCCCUGUACCACCUCCACGAGCCCCCGCCGGCCCUGCCCCCCAAACCCUACCUGAGGGAGGGCUGCAUCCCCGAGGAGGAGCCCAUGACCGGCCACUCCGGCCCGGCACCUCCCGCACCGCGGCCCAUGCCGCGCAAGAUCUCCCAGCCCAUAAUCGCAGCCACCAAGGACGAACAGGCUAAAGUGGCGUGGGAGCACGGCAUCAGUGACGAGUGAGCUGAAACAGAACUCUUUUCUAAAGUAAAAAAAAAGAAGAAGAGUCGAACUGAAAGGAUGAUCCGAAGCAGCCAGAGCAGCCUUCAGGAACCGGAGAAGAUCCGAGCCGUGAAGCUUAAAGUUCAAAUAAUCUGAACACUCACAUCGUCCACGUUCAGUAACCCGGCAGAGAGUCCUCGACAUCUGACGACGCUCCCUCCUCGUGUCACUGCAUCCAAAAGCUUGAGUUUAGACAUAAUCUCCAGAAAACUGUAGCAUUCUGUCUCAUCCGACGCAACGGUGUCACCAUGACACGUUUAUUCUGAUAGACCCUAAAACUGCACACAUCCCACGCUAUUUACUGCUUUUACUACCAUUGACAACAUUAAUCAAACAUAGACAUACAGAGGGGGGGGGGUUAACUUAAAAAAAAUAAAAUAAAUUGCACAAGAAUUUUAUUCUGUUGAUGCCUCGCUCUGAAGGUUCAAGACAGAGAGCACUUUAAUGAAGCAAGACAGCACCAAAAUAUGCAGGAAGAGGAGUCAUACUCCUCAUAUAACUGUAGAAAUAUGAUAGGAUUAAAUAUAAUGCAGAUCAAUCAAAGCAGAGCUGAGGAUUAUAGUUAUUUAGAUGCAAAAUGAUUAUUUUCAGCUGAAAACUAAAGGUUAAAAACAAACAGAAAGUGAAUAAAAAGGUUUAUUUCCUCCACAUGAGACAAACUAAGGCUCUGCUCCCACCCACGAUAAUAAAUGACCAACGACAGCCUCGCUGCAGCUAAUAAGUAUUUUUUCAACAAAGUAUAUAGAUAAUGUCAAACAGUACACAGAGGGAUAUAGAUAUAAUUUAUAUUUAAUUCUUAUAUUAGCUGAAGGUUAAAUUGAUGUAGAAAUAUGCAAGAUGAGUGAAAUGAGAGCCUGCAGGAGCUGCUCGGGGAGACACGACAUGCACUUGAUGAAAACACUGGAACAUUUUAACGUUGCAACGUCAACGAUGAAGAAAAGCGAUUCUGCAAAAGACUUUUUUUGUGCAGGAGAUGUGAACCUGUAAAUACGCUCAAGAUCCAUGUGCAAGGAUGGUAUUUAUAGAGAACAUUAACUUCGAUAAAUAUAUGCUUUUUGACUUUUUUUAUGAAAGUAAUGGACUUUUUUUUAAUCAGGGUACUGUUUUGUAUGCAUGUUUGUUCGAUGAAAGUUCGAGUUCGGACGGAGACUGUGAACAACCCACAGAGGUGAAUUACUGGAAGCACCUGAGAAAUGUUCUGCUGCGCACUGACGUCCUCGUAGUUUAGAAAAGUGCAACCAUUUAAGUGUGUACGGAUGUUAAAUCUGCUAGAUUGUUCUCAGUGACAAACGUGUUGUGAAGGAUGUUUUAGUUCGUUUUAAAUCGCUUUCGUUUUUUAACCAGCAGCUCAGAUUGUUUGCACGCUGUCCUUCUAAGAUGUUUUUGUCACUCCCUUCUUUGCUUUUGUUUUUGUUGGUGGACUGUGAACAGCUGUUAACCUUGUUUCCAUCACAGCCGCUUCAAACAGUUACCACUUGUUCUCCCUUGUGGAUCAUGCUUUGGUUUUCUUUUUAUAGUGAACCGUUACUUUAAUUUGAGGUUUGUUAAACUUGUUUUUACUGUUAAAUGUCCUGUCAGAGGUCUGGGAAAGCUCUGCGUUUGUAACCCGCAUGGCAUUAACGGCAGGCUGCUUAUAGUCGGUUUCUCUGCCCCGCGCUUAGUUUUGACUCCAUUUCACCAUCUCUCUGCUGUAAAUAUUCAAUCAGUUCAUCCGCCACAGAAAGUAGUCCUAAUAUGGCGCGCCGGUUUGAAACUGCAAGAGGCAGAUCAGUCUAUUACAUGUGUGGGAAUCACCCUGGACGCUGGAUUGGUGGUAGUGUUUCUGCAAUUGGCCCCUUGGAGGGUUUUUGUUUUGUUUUUUAAUUUGUCUUUUCCUGAUUUAAAUACUAUUCUUUAAAAAGAAGGUAACAGCACUUAUCCUGCAUGAUGUGAUCCCUGACUUAACCAAACAUGCACACGACCUGCUUGAAGUGAAUAAUAUCUAAUCAUGUCUGUUGAUGUGACCCAUAAUUGUGUCCAGAGCCGUACGGACACAGAAGUCCAUUUCAGAUAUUUAGACUGGAAUUCAGUAUGUAGCCUGGGUCCCAUUUACAUGGAGGGGGGUGAGAUCUCACCAUCUGAGACGUCAGGAUGAAAUAAGCUUUAUCUCUUCACGUAAGCGCUGAGCAUCGUCCUCCCCGAGUAAAGGUGUCAUGAAGGGAAGCUGGGUCUUUGGCUUCGUCUGGAGCGAAACCUCACCGUAACACAGGGUGUGAUCCCUUCUGUUCCCAGCUGUUUGUAUCCUGUACCAACGACCCCUCAUUGGCUCACAAAUAGGAUGUUUUCUGGUCAUGCUGAAAAAAGUGACACAUGCCAGACGUGUCAGAUUCUCAUGCCAGUAAUUUCUUGUCAUGAACACAUAAAAAAAUGAUGCCAAAAUAAAAUGGAAGGGAACAAAUAUUGGUUUAUCUGUUGGUGGAAGUUCAGCUGAUGCUGGUUUGAUUUUCAGUUUGAUUUGUUUCAUCAGUUUACGGUUGGAUCUGGUUGAUGAGGCUGCUCUUUGAUAAAAGUUUCACCAAGUUAAAGUUUUAUGUCUGUUUUGUGUUUUCUUUUACACUGUGAGGUAAAUUUGACGUGCUUUGAACGAAACAGAAAUGCUUUCGAAGGUCAGUUCUGGUUAAAAUGUUUAGCAAUAUUUACACAUUUGGAAGAAUCACAAUCAUCAACCAACUUGUUUUCUUCUUUUUACUUUAAGUGCAUUUAAAAUAGCUCGUUACUUCACUUUUUUACCCAACAAAUCAUUUGUUUUACUGAGAGCUUCAAGCCUUGAAUACCUCUCUCUUCAUGUUGGCCAAUCUGUUUUUGGUUUGUUUUUUGUCCACCUUUACUUUGAUGUUCUUGAUAGAAAGAGUUUCCAGGUCUGAAUCAGUGCUUUUAGUCCCAGUAAAGUUGAAACUCAUAAAAAUCUAAACUGAUCUUCUGUUCAUCACGUUCUUUAAUUCUCUAGUGGAUUCAUCCGUCAUGUUACUCCAGUAACAUCUGGAAGUGCAUGCACACGUUUAAGGACACGUUGAGGAAGAAUUCACUUUAAAAGGCCAUUUUAUCAUAAAAUAAUUGAAUAUAUUCAGCAUGUUUGACAAUAUUCUUCAUACUUAUCUCUAAACAGUUGAUUAAUUCAGAAAUCUGAAUAUUUCUGUUCAACAAAAAAACUGCCAUCAAACUGUCUUGAACUGUCAAAGUUCACGUUUUGAUGCUGUUUAGUCAACAUGAUUAAUGUAGAUUAGAGGCUUUCACACAUUUUUAGAGAUUCAGCAGCAGGUUAGAAAGUAACAUUUGUAAAAAUGAACGCAGCUCAGUUUGUGCUGCUCCACCAGGGUUUGACAUCAUUAACCAACAUGGAGACUCCAGCGGUAGGUUAAUUUGAGUAAAUCACUUUGUAAAUGUGGUAUCAACUAUGCAAAGCCCAUCCUUCUUUUUCCCUCUUUUUUCUGACAGUGAACAUAUUAAAAGCAGAAAGUUAAAAUCACAUCUAGUGUAUUAUAAAAAGGGAUAAUUUAUAGCAGAUGACUCAACUCUGUCUUUGAUCAGUGAAACUACCUGACAGGAAAAUCUUCUUUUUGCUAGUUACAGAUUAUAAACCAACAUUUGUCUACUAAAACCACUGAACCAAUCUGUUUGUGUUUGAUCUGUCUAACAGAUGAGAAAAAGGUGUUGAAUUGUUUGUAGAAAGACAAAGAGGGAGCGUAUUAUUAUGGUCAUAAAGGAGAAAUCUUCCUUUCAUACAGAUUGUGGUCUUUUUUCCUUCAACUUUCUGAUAUAAAACUGUUUUUGAGUCUAUAUGACAGCAAGCAGAGUUAACUUUGUCUAAUGAAUGAUUAAACAUUCGGGGCAGCUGACGGAGUUUUAUUUUUAUUUUGUCUUUUUUGCAUCAGUGAUAAAUUCAGCUGGUCAGUUAUGAUGCUGGUUUUCAUUUGUACAAUGAUUCUUUAUUUUGUGUAUAUAAAAGUCUUGAUUGUGUUAGCAUGGGUAGAAACUGUGACGUGUAUGACGGUAGGUGUAAAUACUCAAGUUUUUCCUACUCACUAAACAAACUGCUGUGUUGUGGAUUCAUGAUUAAUGACAAACAUUAAACAGUAAAGUUUUAUUGACUCAGACUCCAUUUGUGUGUGUUUUUUAAUAAAACAAUUGUAAC